CCAUGAUGGAACAUUCCGGUCUCAUAGAAUGGAUCCUGAGCAACUGAAAGCCGGUGUUGUUGGUGAUGCUAAUCACGCUGUCGGCUCUGAUGGCGCACCUGAUGUUGUGCCUGUGAAACAAGAGUCUGAGCACUGUGAGAAAGAGAUUGUCCGAGAGUCCAAUGACGUGGACUCGACCGAAGUGUCAAUGGCUCCAGAAGACGCCAGAGGUGUUAUUCAAGGCCCUGUCGUUAAGGAUGAACCACGGGAGGUGACACCCUUGAUUCCUGAGAAGAGAUCAGCUUCUCCGAUGUACCAUACCAGAUCAUUGGACAAGAAACAAGUCAUUGUCAUAAACAAGUACAAGCCCGGCAUUGGUUAUAAAGCGUCUGAUUUUGAGAUGUUCAACCCACAGGUUACAACUCAUGAGAAUGGAUUCAAUAUCAUUGACGUUCCAUUGAACACGAGACAGGGAUUCAUGUAUAAACCUUGUCGUCCUAACCCGACACUGGAGGUUCUGAAGUUUUCCACGGCAGAUAUUCCACCUUAUAAGACAUCGCUGGAUAUAUUUGAUCGUUCAGCUUUGACAUACUUAUCCCAUGACGAUUCCACAGUGACUACUGGAAGAGGAUGGGUAUCUGCAAGGGCAAACGUGGCUAUAAAAGAGGGUAAAUGGUAUUUUGAAUUUAAUGUUUUGGAGAGCGAUUCUGAAAGACACGUACGAUUGGGGAUUGGAAGAAGAGAGGCGAGUCUGGAGGCUCCAAUAGGAUUUGACGGGUACGGAUAUGGACUAAGAGACAUUACUGGUGAUAAGGUUCAUUUAUCAAGGCCCAAACCUUUUAUGGAUGGCGGUUUCAAGAAGGGCGAUGUUAUAGGCUUACUCGUUGAACUUCCACCAACACCAUUCACAGACGUGUCACGUUCUCAAGUUGCCAUGAGGUACAAGAGCAAUUUAUAUUAUGAGAAGUUUGACUACGUUGCGACAAAGCAGAUGGGACACCUCUUAAACCCAAUGAGUGUCUUUGGAGAAAAGGCUAUUGCUGAUACCGACUCCUGGAGACCAGAAACUUUGCAAGGGAGUUCUAUAAAAGUCUACAAGAAUGGUGAAUUUAUUGGCACAUGUUUUGAAGAGCUGUAUUCAUUCUUACCACCAAAUUCCGAGCUCACGAGCAACAAGUUUAACAAAGAAGGUAAAUACGUCGACAACGGUUCACUCGGGUACUAUCCAACCAUCUCUGUGUUUAACGGUGGUGUUGCAGAGCUGAAUGCUGGCCCUGAAUUUCAGUUCAAACCCACUGGUUUGGAUUAUGAUGUACGUGAAUUGCACGAGUUGUACGAUCAGAGCAUUGCCGAUGAUAUAGUGUGGGACCUUGUUGAUGAGAUAGAGGCAGAAGUCAUCGAGGGAGCACUAGGAUCAUUUAGAACCAUGUGAAUAGUUUUAUUAGUGAUAUCUCUCAGUUUUAUGUGGGACUGCACCAACAUCAAUGGAUUCCCACUGUUGAGAACAUCCAUGACAUAUAUUUGCAUCAUUUGUAUC